AUGAUUCAGCGUGAUAUCAAGAUAUCGUACCCUGUCAUGAAGCUUUUCAGCAGCCCAACUGUUGAGAAACAGAGUCAAGAGGAAGUUCAAGAACCCCUCCAUUUUGGUGGCCUGGCUGGCAUUUCCGCUUGGUUCAUACGAGGCAACAACGUUGUCGUCCCUAAAGGCCAACCAUCCCUUCUAUGCAUCCAUCUAAUAGCAACAGAUGCGUCUUUCUUUGCUCCAUACUUGAUAAAGCCACCACAGGGGCUAGAUGGCAUCGCGGUUCAAAUUCCUGGCAGAGACAACAGAAUCGACGAACCUAUCCCAUCGAGUGUCUCUGAAGUUGUAUUCGGGAUUCUUGAAGAGAUGGAGCCUGUAAUUGGAGCCCCGGUCAUCAUCUGGGGCCAUUCAUUCGGUGGUAUAGUUGCCUUUGAGACAAUUCGAGAACCGAGGCGCCGUGGAGUUCAUCCACUGCCACGGCUAGUGGUAACUGCCACCGUCGCUCCUCAUCUUCUCCGCUCUUGGCAAAAGCAGCCAAUCAUGCAGAAUUCAUUCACGGAGAGUGUGGAGGUAGAUCAUGCUAUCUCUACUUUGCGUUCAGUGGACGACGCAGCUUUUGUUUGA